AUGUGUCAUCUACCUGUGGCUGUUGAACAUCGGGCAUUUUGGGCAGUUAAACAGUGCAAUUUAAACACGGAUAGAGCUGGAAAGGAAAGGAGACUCCAACUUCAGGAGUUGGAGGAAAUCCGUUUGGACGCCUAUGACAAUGCCCGACUAUACAAAGAGCGCACGAAAUCUUUCCAUGAUCAAUUAGUGCGCAUUAAGCAUUUCUCUAUAGGGCAGAAGGUGCUUCUAUUUAACUCACGGUUGAAAUUUAUGCCAGAUAAGUUGCGGUCCCGGUGGAUUGGACCGUAUGUUGUUGUCAACAUGUUUCCGAAUGGUGCGGUUGAGAUUAGGAGUCUAGAGACUGACAAGAGUUUUAAGGUGAAUAGCCAUCGUCUCAAGCCAUUUUUGGAUAAUUCAGAAAUUGGUACUGUGGAAGAAGUCCAUCUACUCGACCCAGUUCUAAUUAAGUGUUGA